AAUCACACCCGACCUCACCAGGACCCGACACGACCCUUACAAGUUACAACCUAGCUCUUCAGCCCAGCUAUCGUUGCCGUUAUCACCACCGCAUCCAUCCAACUGCCCCUCCAAAACCGUCACCCUUUCAAAGUACUUUCCGCUACCACUACUAAAGGACAAUCUGCCCUGCAUUCACUGCAAUUCUUCUACAAAGGCAUCAUUGCAAUCAACUCCCUAGAGUCGCCGAGUCUGCGCAAUUCAUCUGAUACCCCUUUUGAUUAACUUUUACCCCAUUUCAAUCACUAAACAAUGUCGGGCGCAAACUCGUGGUUGGCGAGGCAGCGGAAGAGCGACCUCGUCGAGAUUGCCGAGCUGACCGGACUUACUGGGUACGAGAACCAGAAAAAGGCCGACUUGGAAGUCACCCUCGAUGAAUACCUCGCCGAGAACACGAUCCAGUUCUCCCAAAACCCCAAGCUUGCAGGCUACUACACCAGUCGCUCCAAGGCUGCCGGCUCACCCGUCAAGAGGGAGGCUCCCUUGACCGAUCUCGUCAAGUCCACGCGCCGCAGGGCGACGAGAGCCAUCGAGGAGCUCCAGCCCGAGCCCGAGCCCGAAAGAGCCGAAUCCUCAAGCCCGGAGCCUGCCUUCUCCACCGCACUGGCGACGCGAACUCCCGCCCGCAACCUCUCUCUUGCGAGCCGUAUUCCUCUGCCCGCGACACCCGCUGAUGUUGCUGAGGCUGUCGACCGUCACACUGUCGCUCUGCGCGAGCGCGCGACGGAACUCUACGACCAGUCCGGCAUCCAGGAGGGCACCCAAGCUGUGCGCUCCUCCCUGUCAACCGUCACGUCGGUACUGUUCACCGUAGCCGCGUUCGAGGCGUGGAACCUGAGAGCCGAGGUCUUGCCCCUCCGCUACGCCUUCACCAUCCCCGCGAUCCCGGCUCUGGGCACCAACUUCUAUCCCGUAUACGUACCUGACGCGUUCUUAUUCGUGACCUCGUCCUUCUGGUCGCCUGUCACGCUUUGGACUCUCACUUCUGUCCUUAUCCCCUCCUUGUUUGGGUAUUUCUACAAUCUGAGCGCGGCGAGCCAUCCCCAGCCUCGCGGCCGCAAGUCGUCGACCGUCGAGUACAACGUCGACCCCUUGGUCUUCAGCAUCGUCAAGGCCCUGAUCUCGUUCGUUGUUUACGCCCAAAGGGUCAACUUUGGCGGCUGGAUCAACGAAAACUCGAUCGACCGCAUCAAUGGCGCUUUGUAUGGAGAGUGGAAGGGCAUCUUGACUGGUGCUGCCAUCACCGGGCUUGUAAGCCUCUACGAUGCCGUGCUGAAGAAAUAGGAGCCAUCUGCUCGGAACAUAACACUUUCUCGAGCUCCUCGAGCACAUGGAACUCCUUCCAGCAGUCCGUGGCGCACGAGGGGAAAAAAUACACGGAAGCUUCGCAAUCGUACUGUUUGAACCCUCGUGUUGCGCCAAAUUAGGUGCUUUGCUUCUUUCUUUCUCAUCACUCAAUGGCGGCGUUCUGGGCGUUUCAUCGGCGUCAUACGUGGCUCUUUUGGCUGAUACCUUUUUCAAAUUUGCGAGUGAGAUGCUCAUGACGAUGGCCAACAUCGCUUCUGGUUUCCAGAGAACACAGGCCCCUUGGAGCGGAAUUUCUUGCUAGAGCGGUGGCCUUCGUUCAGGAGACAGGGUGCGACUUGUUCGGUUGUUGUUCUUGUGGGAUUGGAUUCUUGUUGCCUUUUUCCUACAAUUAUAGUGUGAUUCAGUUGUAGCGGUUAUGGACAUUGGCGGGUGGGCGACAGGGUUUCCCUCUUGGCGGUAUGCAUGUCGACAGAUUCUUACACCUUGGCUCUGGGAGGGAGGGCGCUGAGAUUGCUCUGGGCGUUUUGCCCUUGUGGAAGUCAUGAGAGAUGACCUGAGG